AUGAAGUAUCUUAACGCCAUCACCCUUUUGACUUUUGGGUGGAUGCCUUCGCUCUCGGCCCAAGUCCUCACGCACCGCAAGCUCCAACGUCUGCCGCAAAGCCAAGUGAUCCCAGGGCAGUACGUGAUUGAGCUGGAUCCGAGCAUUCCCGAUUCACAAGGAUUUGCCGAAAAAGUCCUCAAACGAACGUUUCGCAAGAACAUAAUUGAGACUUACGACUACGCCAUGAAAGGAUUUGCUGUCAAGGAUGUCCCCGAUAUGGUGUUGAAUUUCAUACUCAACAUGGACGACGUGCUAUCUGUGUCGGAAGAUGGUAUCGUUGAAAUAGAGGCUAUCCAAAACAAUCCGACUUGGGGUCUCGAUCUCGUCGACGGAUCCGACGACAAUCGCUAUACAUACACAUACACGGGGCGAGGUGUCGAUGUGUACAUCGUUGACACUGGCAUUCAAGCAAAUCAUCCCGAUUUUGAAGGUCGAGUGAGGAGCUGCGUCUCCUACACUGGAGAAUCAUGUGGGUCGGAUCUGAACGGACACGGUACACAUGUGGCCGGAACCGUUGGUUCGAAAACCUACGGUGUGGCCAAGCAGGUGUCGCUGCACGACGUUAAAGUGCUGAACCAAAGGGGUAGCGGGUCCUACAGCGGCGUGAUUGCAGGCGUUGACUACGUUACCAAAAUCAAAGAAAAUAACCGAAGUCGCAGAAUCGUCAUUAAUAUGAGUCUCGCGGGUGGCGUAUUCGCGAGGCUAAACAGCGCUAUUGACUCCGCCGCAGCCCAAGGCGUCGUCGUCGUAGUGGCCGCUGGAAACAGUGGCGCCGAUGCCUGCAACGCCUCUCCUGCAUCAGCUAGCGGUGCAUUGGUAGUCGGUGCCAUUAAUGAUCGCAAUCAGCGUACAAGCUGGUCUAAUUGGGGCAGCUGCGUCGAUAUUUUUGCCCCAGGGACCGGGAUCCUGUCGACAGCCAAAACUGGUGGCACGAGCACGAAGUCGGGUACGUCCAUGGCAUCACCGCACGUAGCCGGCGUUGCCGCCUUGUAUUUAGAGUCAGGCAGAAACACCAAUUCUAUCACCUCCGAUGCGCGGACUGGCCAACUAGGCAACUUGGAAGGAUCCCCCAACCGACUUGUGCGCACUUCCCGAUUACCCGCUAGGAACACUCCCCAAGACGAUACCGAUGCACCGGUCAGAGCACCUACUCGCCCACCCACUCGUGCCCCAGUUCCUGCUCCAACCCGACGGCCGACGCGUGCCCCGACUCGCGCCCCAGUCCCUGCUCCCACCCGUCGGCCUACACGUGCCCCGACUCGCGCCCCGGUCCCUGCUCCCACCCGUCGGCCUACACGGGCCCCGACUCGAGCUCCCACCCGACGACCCACUCGGGCCCCGACUCGAGCCCCCGUCCCUGCUCCUACCCGACGACCUACUCGCGUCCUAACGCGAGCCCCUGUCACUCCUCGGACCCGAGAGCCCACUCGUGCCCCUGUUCCAGCUCCCACGCAGCCCCCGGUUGCUCCGCAGUGUUUGCCUGCAGCCGAUCCUGGACACCGUCUCGUGGACUCCACAGCUCUUGUCGAUCUGAAUCUGGCUGGUGGGGCUACUAGUAGUCUCGCACUUGGGGACAAUUGCUUUUUGGCAAUGCUGUCUUUGGCCAAAGUGUCGGAAGACAUAUAG